GUUAAAGAAAGUCUUUUAUUUGGAUAAUGGAAGUGAAGAAAAUGUAGUUGCCGGAGAUGGAAAGGAAACUGCACUCAUCAAGCUCCCUAAGUUGAAAGUACUAAGACCGGAUGGACUUGCAAGCAUCAUUAGUUUUUGCCCAGAAAAUUUUCAUUCAAGUUGGCCAGCUUUGGAACAUUUCACAAUAGACAAGUGCUCUAAUUUGAGUAUGUCCUUCGUUACUGAAGUUGUAUCUAAAGUACGAGAUCUACAAGAUAAUUUGCAAAGUCUAAGGAUUGGCAGUUGGAAUCAGUUGUACGACACAGUUCUCUCUGGGCUGAAAGAUGGCUUCUUCAAAAAUUUGAAAGAUUUAGGUAUCAACAAUUAUGGAGUAAAAGUGUUAUUUCAGUUGGAAGACAGAGAACAACAAAUAUUAUCACUCCCCAAUUUGAAAACAUUGGAGUUGAGAUAUUUGUAAGAAUUAGAAGGUUUAUGUAAGAGUCCUACGCUCGUUUCAAGCAUGGAGAACCUUAAAACUUUAUUUAUAUACCAAUGCAAUAGCCUGAAAAAUAUCUUCUCACCUUCUCUUGCCAAAAAUCUGUGGCAGUUGCAAUUUCUGAGCAUCUGUGAUUGUGGGGAAUUGGAGGAAAUCACUGUUGAAGAAGAUGAAGAGAAUCAAAUUCUAUUCUUCCAAAAUCUCUUGCGAAUUGUUGUUGUAAGAUGCCCUAAAAUAAGACGUUUGUUUGCUAUCUCGGUAGCUCCAGGUCUUCAAAAACUGGAACAUCUUUGUUUACGUGAGAACUCUGAAUUGGAAGAAGUAUUUGGAGACAAAGAUGUCGAUGAUAUCGUGGAUCACAUAGAAUUCGUGCUGCAUCAACUUGAACGGUUGUUACUCCACCAAUUACCAAGUCUCACCAAGUUCUGCCGUUAUCACUUCAUAUUUCCAUCUUUGAAUCGUUUAUUGAUCAUUAAAGGGUGUCCCAAGAUAAGUUCAAGAUUUUUCUUGGAUCAAGAUCAUUCUGUGCAUGCCAAAGCAAAUGCAUUGACAAUGGGCAAGGAAGAUGAAAUGGCAGAGUUCCCUUCAGAGCCUUCCAUCGAGAUCAGUUGCUUUGGUUAUCGAAACAUACAAGAAAGUUUACCGCUAUACAUAGAAAAGGAUGAGCAAAGUAUCAACCAGAAUGAAGAAGAAAUUAACAUCGAAACUUGAAACAUGGUCAUGAUUGCUAACCAGUUGGUUCCACUGAAUCCUAAGAAUAGUGGAUGUAUUUGAAGGGAUGAAAAGUGUUGAGCUUAUAAGUAAAGCUUGAUCAAGCCCAGCAGCAGCUGUAAGGAUUUUAGUAAGCUUAGCUUAUUUUGAUUAAUGUCAGU